AGGACUGAGCAUCCUGAACCGGACAGGCCGGGCCGGGGGGCGGCGGCGAAAGGCAGAGCGCCGCGAUCUCUGUCAGGAAGCGCAACCUCCCCGGGCCCCGCGGGGCCGCGCAGGGGGCGUUCUCAAUCCCGCGCCCGCUCCCUCUUUCCAUCCCCUGCCGCCCGCAGGCCACCCCGGGGCCCGGCUAUCCGCGCGCGCGUCCUCGGGCUCGGGCCCGUCCCCGGCCCUCGAGGGAGCCGCCGCCUUCAUCGACACCUCUGCAGCGGCCGCGCCAAAGGCCGCCCGGGCAGGACCCCGGAGUGAGCAUCGAGCGCCCCCCAAGGAGUGCACGACCCCCGGAGCCGCCCUCGACACGGACCGCGCCCGCCGGGCACACAAGAAUGGUCACUCAGAUACUCGGGGCCAUGGAGUCUCAGGUGGCGGGGGGCCCGGCCGGCCCGGCCCUGCCCAACGGGCCACUCCUUGGUACAAAUGGAGCCACUGACGACAGCAAGACCAACCUCAUUGUCAACUACCUGCCCCAGAACAUGACCCAGGAUGAGUUCAAGAGUCUCUUCGGCAGCAUUGGUGACAUCGAAUCCUGCAAGUUGGUUCGGGAUAAGAUCACAGGGCAGAGCCUCGGUUAUGGGUUUGUGAACUACUCUGAUCCCAACGAUGCAGACAAAGCCAUCAAUACCCUCAAUGGCCUCAAACUGCAGACGAAGACCAUCAAGGUGUCUUAUGCCAGACCCAGUUCCGCAUCCAUCCGGGAUGCUAACCUGUACGUCAGCGGACUCCCCAAGACCAUGAGCCAGAAGGAAAUGGAGCAGCUCUUCUCCCAGUAUGGCCGUAUCAUCACUUCUAGAAUCCUGGUGGACCAGGUCACAGGUGUCUCUCGGGGUGUAGGAUUCAUUCGCUUUGACAAGAGGAUUGAGGCCGAGGAGGCCAUCAAAGGACUGAACGGGCAGAAGCCGCUGGGCGCGGCAGAGCCCAUCACGGUCAAGUUCGCCAACAACCCGAGCCAGAAGACCGGACAGGCCCUGCUCACUCACCUCUACCAGUCGUCAGCCCGGCGCUACGCAGGCCCCCUGCACCAUCAGACGCAGCGCUUCCGGCUGGAUAAUUUGCUCAACAUGGCCUACGGAGUCAAGAGUCCCCUGUCGCUCAUCGCCAGGUUCUCGCCCAUCGCCAUCGACGGCAUGAGUGGCCUCGCGGGUGUGGGCCUUUCAGGGGGCGCGGCGGGCGCUGGCUGGUGUAUCUUCGUGUACAACCUGUCGCCGGAGGCGGACGAGAGUGUGCUGUGGCAGCUGUUCGGGCCCUUCGGGGCCGUCACCAACGUCAAGGUCAUCCGCGACUUCACCACCAACAAGUGCAAGGGCUUCGGCUUCGUCACCAUGACCAACUACGACGAAGCGGCCAUGGCCAUCGCCAGCCUCAACGGCUACCGCCUGGGCGAGCGCGUGCUGCAGGUGUCCUUCAAGACCAGCAAACAGCACAAGGCCUGAGCCGCCGCCGCCCGCCCUCCCCACCCUCCCCGGGCAGCAGAGAGAGAGAGAAAGAGAGAGAGAGGGGCCCCGAGAGAGACAGCGCAGGCAGACCACCGACGGCACGCGGGCCCCGCACCCCUGCGGAAAACA